GAGGGGGCAAGGGCGCCCGGUGGGAGAACUGCUGCGAGCCCAGCCUCCUGUCCCACCAGGACACUGUGGAGUCGGCUGCGGGUUCCCGGCCUCCUGCCACCCUGGGGCCAAGCCGGGAUUUCCUUCGGAGCGGGCGGGCGGCUGGGUGAGAAGGCGAGCAGGUCCGGGCUGCGGAGGGCUGCCGCGUGGGAGUUUGCCUGGUGGGGACUUCAGUAGAUGUGUGCAAACAGCUCUUAACUCUUCUAACCGGGUGCUGGAUGAGCCGGGCCGCUUGAGAUCAUGGGGAACAGCCUUUUUGCAAACUGCUGCCGGCACGUCACCGACCUCAUCUUCCAGCCGCGCAGCUCCAGCUCGCCCGAUGAGAGGUCACCCCUCUUACCGAAGCCUCCCGCAGGCUGCGCCGUCCAACCGGAGACGCCAGAAGCUGCCCGCUGUGCUGGGCCCUACCCAGACAUCAUCCCCAGUGAGGCGGUGGCUGGGAGCCUGCAGAAGUGUCCCGAAUACAUCCCAGAGGCCAAGGAUGAAGGAGGAACGGUGACGGUCUGUGAUAAGAGCUGUUUGAGAGCUGGUGCUGCUGGCCCGCUCCAGCCGGCAGAGGCAUCCCGGGCGGUGGCUGUCCUUCCAGCCGACCUUGGGGCCGGGCCGGUGGGGCUGGUCGGUCAUGCUCAGUCGCUCGAGGCCUGCCAGGGCUGCGUGAAACCUGAGGACGGCGUCUCAGCCCAUAGAUCCUGCCGCCGGCAGGAGCACGUGGCGGCAGCUGACGGGGGGGAUGUGGCCCCCGGAGCACGUCCCGCCAGCUGGGGACACGGCGAGGGACGAGCAGCCUCAGUGUGUCCGGCCAGCGUGCCGAAACGGGGUACCCCUCCCUGCCCGGGGAGCCCUGGGACACCUUCCCCUGUUCUGCCAGCCAGCGCAGGGAAACCCCCGCCAGCCCAAGGGACAGUCGUGCUGCCUGUCCCCCGUGGCGAGGUGUCAUCAAAGGCUUGGGACACAAGUUCUGGUUUCGUAGUGACGGGUCCUGCUGCCUGCCCCGAUGGCAGGUCAGGCUGGGAUCCUGGCUCUCCAGCACAGGCACUGCCCUGGAAGCAGCAGCAGAAGAAGAAGAGGAAGAAGAAGAAGCUCUCACUCCUAGAGCACCCGUCUGGCGUGGCGCUGAUGAAUGGCAGUGGUCCACACGAGAGCCUCAAGGGCGAGAAGGAUGCCAGACAGAAUGGUCAUGAAGAGGCUGACCCAGGAGAAGACGGGAACGACCAGGAGGUCAUUGUCAUACAGGACACAGGAUUUACCGUCAAGAUCUGCGCGCCAGGGAUAGAGCCCUUUUCCCUGCAGGUCUCUCCUCAAGAGAUGGUGCAAGAGAUCCACCAAGUUUUGAUGGACCGUGAGGAUACCUGCCAUCGCACUUGCUUCUCCCUGCAGCUGGAUGGCAACGUCCUCGAUAACUUUGCUGAGCUGAAAACUAUUGAAGGGCUGCAGGAGGGCUCGCUGCUGAAGGUGGUGGAAGAACCAUACACAGUGCGAGAAGCCAGAAUACACGUGCGUCACAUUCGGGACCUUCUGAAGAGUCUUGACCCAUCAGAUGCUUUCAAUGGUGUGGACUGUAAUUCCUUGUCCUUCCUGAGCGUCUUCACUGAAGGAGACCUGGGAGACAGCGGCAAACGGAAGAAGAAAGGUACUGAAAUGGAACAAAUCGACUGCACCCCCCCAGAACAUAUCCUGCCAGGUAGCAAAGAGAGACCCCUGUGUGCCCUUCAGCCCCAGAACAGAGACUGGAAGCCUUUGCAGUGCCUAAAGGUAUUGACGAUGAGUGGCUGGAACCCUCCUCCUGGUAACCGGAAAAUGCACGGGGACCUCAUGUAUUUGUAUGUCAUCACAGUGGAGGAUCGGCACGUCAGCAUCACUGCGUCCACGCGAGGAUUUUACUUGAAUCAGUCUACUGCAUACAACUUCAAUCCCAAACCUGCAAACCCCAGUUUUCUCAGUCAUUCCUUGGUGGAACUACUUAACCAGAUCAGCCCUACCUUCAAAAAAAACUUUUCCGCUCUGCAGAAGAAACGGGUUCAGAGACACCCCUUUGAAAGGAUAGCCACUCCUUUCCAAGUGUACAGCUGGACGGCCCCGCAGGCAGAGCACGCCAUGGACUGUGUCCGGGCAGAAGACGCUUAUACUUCGAGACUGGGCUACGAAGAGCACAUACCUGGACAGACCAGAGACUGGAACGAGGAGCUGCAGACCACGCGGGAGCUGCCGCGCAAGAACCUGCCCGAGAGGCUGCUGAGAGAACGAGCCAUUUUCAAGGUUCACAGCGACUUCACUGCAGCAGCAACAAGAGGGGCUAUGGCUGUCAUUGAUGGCAACGUCAUGGCCAUCAACCCCAGUGAGGAGACCAAGAUGCAGAUGUUCAUCUGGAACAACAUUUUCUUCAGCCUGGGCUUUGACGUCCGUGACCACUACAAGGACUUUGGGGGAGAUGUUGCUGCUUAUGUAGCUCCUACCAAUGAUCUCAAUGGUGUGCGGACCUAUAAUGCUGUGGACGUGGAAGGGCUGUACACGCUGGGGACUGUGGUGGUGGAUUACAGAGGUUACAGGGUGACAGCUCAGUCUAUUAUUCCUGGCAUCUUGGAACGGGAGCAGGAACAGAGUGUCAUCUAUGGGUCAAUAGACUUUGGCAAGACAGUUGUUUCACACCCCAAGUACCUGGAGCUGCUGGAGAAGACCAGCAGGCCGCUGAAGAUCCAGAAGCACAAAGUCCUCAACGACAAGAACGAGGAGGUGGAGCUGUGCUCCUCGGUGGAGUGCAAAGGCAUCAUUGGCAACGACGGGCGUCACUACAUCCUGGACCUGCUCCGCACUUUCCCUCCAGAUCUCAACUUCCUGCCUGUGGAAGGGGAGGAGAUGCCAGAGGAAUGUAAGAAAAUGGGGUUCCCCAAGCAGCACAGACACAAGCUUUGCUGUCUCCGGCAAGAGCUUGUUGAUGCCUUUGUAGAACACAGGUAUCUGCUGUUCAUGAAGCUGGCUGCGCUGCAGCUGAUGCAGCAGAAAGCCAACAAGCAGGAGAGCUCUGGCGCGCUGGAAAAUGGCGCCUCUCCGGAGAACGGGGCUGCGGAGAGCGAGAAGGCUGAGUCAGAGGAGGGUAAAAUAGACGAUAACGUGACUGGACUUGAUCAGGUGAAAGAGCUUGCUGAGACCAUUGCAUCUGAUGAUGGAACAGUGGAUCCCAAAAGCAGAGAAGUGAUUCGAAAUGCUUGCAAGGCUGUGGGCUCCAUUAGCGACACGUCAUUUGACAUUCGGUUUAACCCAGAUAUUUUCUCACCAGGUGUUCGUUUUCCUGAGUCUAGCAAGGAGGAGGUGCAGGAUCAGAAGCAGCUGCUGAAGGACGCUGCCGCAUUCCUGCUGUCGUGCCAGAUCCCGGGUUUGGUCAAAGACUGCCUGGAUCACACGGUGCUCCCGAUGGACGGGGCCACCUUAGCAGAGGCCAUGCACCAGCGGGGCAUCAACAUGCGUUACCUGGGCAAAGUGAUCAACUUCAUCACCAAGACCCCUGGCCGUGCUCAGCUGGAUCACAUUUUUAAAAUAGGAAUCAGCGAAUUGAUCACUCGAUCGGCAAAACACAUCUUCAAGACGUACCUCCAGGGUGUGGAGCUGUCGGGUCUCUCUGCAGCCAUCAGCCACUUCCUCAACUGCUUCCUAAGCUCCUUCCCAAAUCCCAUCGCCCAUCUUCCAGCUGACGAGCUGGUCUCCAAGAAAAAGAAUAAGAAAAGGAAAAACAGGAACCUUGGGAAUGCUGAUAACACUGCGUGGGCCAGCAUGACCCCUCAGGAGCUUUGGAAGAAUAUCUGUUCAGAAGCCAAGAGCUACUUUGAUUUUAGUCUUGAAUGUGAGAACGCUGACCAAGCAGCUGAAGUGUAUAAUCUACAGAAAAUCACCCUGCUUCGUGAAAUCUCCCUCAAAACUGGAGUCCAGAUCCUGCUGAAAGAGUACAACUUUGACAACAGGCACAAGCCCACCUUCACGGAAGAGGAUAUCCUCAACAUCUUCCCAGUAGUGAAGCACGUCAACCCCAAAGCCUCCGAUGCUUUCCACUUCUUCCAGAGCGGGCAAGCAAAGGUUCAGCAAGGUUUCUUGAAGGAGGGUUGUGAGCUCAUCAACGAAGCCUUAAACUUGUUCAACAAUGUGUAUGGUGCUAUGCAUGUUGAAAUCUGUGCCUGCCUGAGGCUGCUGGCGCGUCUCAACUAUAUCAUGGGGGAUUAUUCAGAGGCCUUAAGUAAUCAGCAGAAAGCGGUGCUAAUGAGCGAGAGGGUCCUGGGUAUCGAACAUCCCAACACGAUUCAAGAAUACAUGCACCUCGCUUUGUACUGCUUCGCCAACAGCCAGCUCUCCACAGCGCUGAACUUGCUGUACCGCGCACGCUACCUCAUGCUCCUGGUGUUUGGGGAGGAUCACCCAGAAAUGGCACUCUUAGAUAACAACAUCGGCCUGGUGCUCCACGGGGUGAUGGAGUACGACCUGUCCCUCCGGUUCCUGGAGAACGCGCUGGCCAUCAGCUCCAAGUACCACGGCUCCAAGUCUCUGAAAGUUGCACUAAGCCACCACUUGGUAGCCCGGGUGUACGAGAGCAAAGCGGAGUUCCGGUCGGCGCUGCAGCACGAGAAGGAAGGAUACACCAUCUACAAAAACCAGCUUGGAGAACACCAUGAAAAGACCAAAGAGAGCUCUGAGUACUUGAAAUACCUGACUCAGCAAGCAGUCGCCCUUCAACGCACAAUGAACGAGAUCUACAAGAACGGCUCCAACGCCAACAUCAUGCCCCUCAAGUUCACGGCUCCCAGUAUGGCCAGUGUCCUGGAGCAGCUCAACAUUAUCAAUGGAAUUCUCUUCAUUCCACUAAGCCAAAAAGACUUGGAGAACCUUAAAGCAGAGGUGCAGCGGCGCCAGCAGCUCCAAGAAAGCAUAAAAAGUGGUGAACAGCUGGAGCCCGAGGACAAAGCUGUGGAGGAGAAAGAGGCUGAGCCGAGCAUGCCUUCUGCUGAGAUCCCUGUAACACAGAGCUCUGCUUAAUGUACCUCGCUUAAAAACAAAACAAAAAACAAAAACAAAAAAAAUAUAUAAAAAAAAGAAAAAAGUUUAAACCACCCUUUUCUGAAUCUGACCCAGGGUCUGGGACUCCCCUGGAGCAGCUCCUCCUUUUUUGACAAUGUUAUUGCACUGGUACAAUUAAUACACAAUGCAAAGAACUAAUCUGAGAAAUGUACUGUGUCUGCCUGAGCUGGUGUCAGCCCCACGGGGGCCGGUGGCCGGGCCCCAGCCCCGCUGAGCGCAGCCGGGGGGGGCCCUGCGUGUUCGUGUCGUGUGUGUGCGCAUCAUCAGUGAUUUCUACUUUGUACAUAUGAAUUCCAAAUGAACUGUCCGGAGGUGUGUAACAUUUCUCAGGUCAUUUUUAUGUUGACUAAGGACACUGCUUUGCUAAACCCCUCCAGAACCAGCCCACACCCCGCUCAGCUUUCCCCUAAGAGAUGAAUUCCAAGCCAAAAGCUUUCUUCCCCCCAGCCAGGAUCCGGUCUGUGUGAGGCCGACGCAGCCAUAACCCUGUCGCUGUGCCCUGGGUGGGAGUGGGGGGAUGUACAGCAUUUUCUACAUCAGGAUAGAGCCAUUGGAUUCCUUUCACCAUUUUUUCUACUUUUGGUUGGCAGUUUGGCAAUUCAGUGGGGUUUUGUAACAUUCACAUUCUAAUUUUCAAGGUAAAGAUAUAGCUAGAGAGAGAGAUAUAUACAUAUAUAAAUAUAUAUAUAUAUAAAAAGAAUGCUACUCCCCGUUGCAGCUCUGCCCUGCUCGCAGCCGAGCGCUGAGGACGCUGCACCCAAAGAGUCAGGGCUUUGAUGGCUGCAAAGCGCACAACCGUCCAUUGCGAUGGAAACCCCAGUGCCUCGGAGACUGGUAACGGCACCAAACGGGGCUGGGCCACUGAUUGAGCAGGAAAUCCUGGCCCUAUUAAAAGGGGGGGGAGAAAGAGUCAGAAACGGGGCCGUGGUCUGAUUGUAACACGGAGCUGACGGACUGGACCCGGCCGGGCACCGGGACCCAGACUGGAAUCAGACAUUUCCCACAAAUUACUGAGCUUUGGGGAGGGGAUUUAAAUAAAAGCUAAAAACUCCCACAGCACUGCAACCUCUGGCUAAGAGCUUCUUAAUUAACUGGGGUUUUGCACACUGGUUUUGAGAUUGGUGCCAGGGGCGCGUCCAUUGCUGGCAGUGGAUGUUACACUGAACAAAUCCCUGUGUCCCCUCCCCGUCACACGCGUCCCGGGGGGGUGACCAACGCGCGUGCCCUCCCCUGCCCCCCCCGGGCCCAAAGCUGCUGAGAUGUGGCCCCUGCAGCCGCGGUGACGCCGACAGAGGUGAAUGUCCCUCUUUGCAAACAGCCCUUCGCUGGCCAACGGGGCCGGUCGCUGGCCCAUUGGCCACCCUGUGCCACCAGAGUCCUGUCCCCCCCCAUCUCCUCUGUCCUGGAUAGACCCUGUGCUAAUUCGCGUUGCUUUUACUGACCUGCUGGAGAACAAGUGCUGUCACUGUGCUCUGUCCCCUCCGUCCCCGUGCGGCGUCACAGGGAUCUGUAACGGGGGGGAUAAGGGAAGGGGGAGCAGCCUCCGAGCUGCCAGAGGCAACAAAGCAGGAGGAGUCUUUACUGCAAAAGAACUUGCUCCUAUUAGAAAAAAAUUCUGAAUUUCCUGGAAAGCAAUCAAUAAAUGACUACAGUGCAUCUUUCCUACAA